CAACUCUUAAUAGUUUUCGACAAUUCUCUCGACUCGUAAAGAUUCUUCUGGAUCGCGGUCAUUAAUUACAAGUGUUAUCAUAUGCUACAGUGAAAAGCAGCACUUGAGAAACCACACACAGCUAGAAACAACAACAUCCCACCAGUUCAUCGAGACGACCCCACCACAGGGAAUACAACAGAAACCUAGGUACCUAAGACUCAACCGACAAGACUACAACGAUCGAGCCAGGACAUACUCGCCAUAAAUUGACAACCAUAAUCUCACGCAUAAAGCAUCUAAGCGUCUUAUCUCUUGUAUCAAUCAAUCAAUCACAACCAUGGCCGACCCAAAAACGUCACCCCCUCUAACCCCCGAAGGAAUCAAAUCUGCGUAUAGUAAAAUUCAACCAUACAUCCACAAAACACCCGUCCUGACCUCACGAUCACUUUCAGCGAUUGCCUCAUCCCCAGAUCCGAGCGUCUACUUGUCAGAAAACCCACCCCCAUUUCCAGAUGCAAACGCAGAUCUGGAUGAUGGGGUUCCUCAGUUUCAACUAUAUUUCAAAGCGGAUAAUUUUCAGAAAAUCGGCGCGUUCAAGGCGAGAGGCGCUUUUCAUGCUGUUUUGAGAUUGAUGGAUGAGGUUGGUGCUGAUGAAGUCAGGAAGAGAGGCGUGGUUACUCAUUCUAGUGGAAACCACGCGCAAGCCCUCGCCCUCGCAGCAUGGACAUUCUCCAUCCCAUCAUACAUCGUGAUGCCGAAAAUCAGCACACCGUCCAAAAUCGCCGGUGUGCGGAUCUAUACCAAAAACGUCAUUUUCAGCGGCUCAACCUCGCAAGAACGCGAAGCCGUCGUGGAUCAAGUCAUUGCGGAGCACGGCGCCAUUCUCGUCCCUCCAUACGAUCAUCCAGAUAUCAUUCUCGGGCAGGGAACUUCAGCUUUGGAAUUAGAGGGGCAAGUUCGUGAGAUCAGAGCCACGGAGGAGGAGGACAAACCGACAGGUAGUAGGACCGAGGGAUUGCGACCGGUAUUAGACGCCGUCAUCACCCCGUUAGGCGGAGGAGGCAUGCUCGGCGGAACAGCGACGUGGUUCAGCGAAACGGCUGAAACGUUAGUCUUUGGCGCCGAACCGUCAUUCCAAGGCGGUGAUGAUGGGCGAAGGGGUCUCGAGCAAGGGAAACGUAUCGAAUCAGUCAAGACGCUAACUAUCGCCGAUGGACUACGCACGCCUGUCGGAGUGGUUAAUUGGACGAUUCUCAGCGAUAAAUCAAAGGUCCAUGCCGUGUAUGCUGUUACGGAAGAGGAGAUUAAAAUGGCGUUGCGCCUGGUUCUGGAGAGGGUUAAAGUGGUGGUUGAACCGAGUGCGGUGGUGGGGUUGGCCGUGGUUUUGUUUAAUCGGGAGUUUAGGGAUAUGGUGGUUGAGAGGCAGAGGCAACGGGAGAAGGGGAAGGGGAAGAAGGAGAAGAAGGAGAGGGUUUGGCAUAUGGGUGUUAUUUUCACGGGUGGGAAUACCACGGUUAAGGCGUUGAGUGCGUUGUUCAAGGAUGAUGAGAAGAUAUCUGAUAAGGAUGAGAGGGCUCAGGGCACGGUUGGGUCGGAUGGGUCGAAGAAGGUGGAGAAUAUUGCUGGGUGAGUGAAGGCAUGAAGCAGUGUUGGAUCGGUACAAGAGUAGAGGAGAUUUACCUGGAUUGGAUUGGAUCAGUCUGGUCCACAGACGAGUUGUAGAUAUACAUACGUACUACCUAGUACAUCUACGGCACUUGGUAGACGUGCUCAAUGACCUAGUAGAAUAUCAAUCCCUG